AUGGAACAUCACAAAUGGACCAAGAUGGUGCCCUCCACCUGGAGGGAAGGGAGAUGCGCAAUCCGAAGCAUGCUUUGGGUCAAUAGGGAUGUGGAAGCGGAGCAAGUGCGGAUCGAGUCGCCAGAUCUGACAGGGGCCGUCAUCCGGCUCCUGUACGCGGUCGUAAGAGCGAACCAACGAUCUAUCCCUAUCGAUGAGGUCGGCUCAAGAGUGGAGGACAACCAGAGAGAUCAAACGUAA